UCGGCGUUUCGUCCACUUGAGCGAUUGUCGAGGCGCUCGAUGGCCACCCGGCGCGCCACGCCGCCCCACUUAGCUCCACUGUGACACCCCUGCGGAGGGAGCCCCCCCCCCCCCCGUGUCCACUUGAAAGCCGCGCGGGGACAAUCGGAGGCUCCCCCACCACCCCGCCUCUCUCGCUCUUCCUCUUCCUCUCCACUGGCCGCACGUAGCCGCCGCGCGUCAAGUACUUGCGUAACCGGACCCAAGACAGAUUUCUUUCCAUUUUGAGGCGAGCGGGAAAGGCCGCCGGUGGCGCGACGCUCCCUGGCGAGGACCACAUCUCCUCUGACUUCUUUUUUUUUUUUUCUGUCCCCACCGCAACCUCGCGGGGGCCUCCUUCGGGCAGCCGGCGCGUCCGAGGCUGACAUGACGACCGAGAGCCCUCAGCAGCUGCCGCGGGAUCCUCCGCCUCCUCCGAGAUCCAGUCCGCCGUCGGGCGUCCCGCAUCCCGCCAUGCCUUGUCCGCAAGCCGCCGCGGAGAGCGCGUCGGUCGCGCUCAAGGGAAAGAAGAGCAGCUCCGGCCUGAGGCGGCCGGAGAAGCCGCCGUAUUCGUACAUCGCUCUCAUCGUCAUGGCCAUCCAAAGCUCGCCCACCAAGCGGCUGACCCUGAGCGAAAUCUAUCAGUUCCUGCAGGCCCGCUUCCCGUUCUUCAGGGGCUCCUACCAGGGAUGGAAAAACUCGGUGCGGCACAAUCUGUCGCUGAACGAGUGCUUCAUCAAGCUGCCCAAGGGGCUGGGCAGGCCGGGCAAAGGCCACUACUGGACCAUCGACCCCGGCAGCGAGUUCAUGUUCGAGGAGGGCUCGUUCCGCCGUCGGCCCAGAGGCUUCAGGAGAAAGUGUCAAGCCCUGAAACCCAUGUACCGGAUGAUGAACGGCAUCGGGUUCGGCGCGUCCAUUCUGCCGCAGAGCUUUGACUUCCAGGCGCCGUCGGCGCCGCUCGCCUGCCACGGCAACGGCUACAACUUGGACGCCGUGAGCAAUUCGGUGGGCGCGGGCUACGACGGCCAUCACGUCCCGCACAUGUCCCCGAGCCCGGGCUCCACUUACAUGGCCACUUGCCCGGUGCCGUCCGGCGGCGACUACGGCCCGGACGGCAGCGGCAGCCCGCUGCCGUCCUCCCCGGCCGCGGCGAGCGCCCUGGACGGCCACUCCCCGUACGCGAGCGCGUCCGCGCACUGGGCCGCUUCGGGCGGGCCGCCUUACAUCAAACAGCAGCCGUUCACUUCCGGCAGCCCCGCGUCGUCUUCGCUGCACUCCGGCAUGGCGUCCUACUCCCUGGAGCAGACCUACAUCCACCCCAACGCCAGGGAGAGCCACGCGAGCGACAUAUCAGUGGGGAUUCCGCGCUAUCAGAGCCACUGCGACCGGAAAGAUUUUGUGUUCAACUUGAACGGCAUCUCGUCCUUCCACCCGACAGCCGGCACUUCCUACUACCACCACCAUCAUCAUCAUCACCACCAUCCUCCUCAUCCUCAUCCUCAUCCUCAGAGCGUGUGUCAGGACAUCAAACCGUGCGUCAUGUGACCGUCGCGUCGUCCCCAAAAGGACUCGCUUUGGAUCGGAUGGAGAGUUCGGCGCGCGCGCGUGCAUCGGGACGGCGACAUUCACGAGCUGCCUCUGUGCGCAUUGAAGGAAAACGGAGGAAGGAAGAAACCUUCGAUGCCUAAAAAAAACAACAACAAAUAAAAAAAACUUUCGUGGCCUAAAAAAAAAGCACCACGCGCCUCUUCGUGAUACCGCUCAACAUUUUCUCAAUAUAGUAAAUCUAUUUUAUCCUGCACACGGACGCUGUAUUACGAACUGCGACAAAAAUUGCACUUAUUGUAUCGCCAUUGUCCAAAGUCGUCUCUUGUAAGACGUUUCAAUAAAGCUGUUACAUUGGA